AAGGGAGAGAGGGGGAAGUCCGGGCUUUGCAAACUAUUCAAUUUUUCUUCGCAUCUUUCCCCACCCCCCUUCACAGUACUUAAAAAAAAAAAAAUACAAAACAACCCUAUAGCGAUCCUAAAAGGCAAAACCCGAGCGCGGAGUUACUGGAAGAAGAAACCGGGGUUAAAAAGAUUCCUCCUCUCUUCUUCAUCAUCAUCAACCAUCAUUCAUUCACUACCUUGACAUUCCCUGGCUUUGAUUGACAGCUGGAGUGGCAAAAAGCCAUGAGACACGACAGUUUGGUUACAUGUGGGUUGCUGACGGGCCGAUCGUAACCUUCAGUUUGGGGGCUUGACAAUUUUUUUUUUUUUUUUUUUUUUUUGCGUAGAGAAGGAAAAAAGGAAAAAGAGAGAGAGAAAAAGGAAAGAGAGAAAGAGAGAGAAAAAAGAAGAAAACACAGAAACUCAUCGUGGUUCUUGACUGGUUUUUUUAUAUAUUAUUGUUGUUGUUAUUGUUGUUGUUAUUAUUAUUAUUUACCCAUAUUGGAGGACAGGAGAAGUCUAUAAGUGGGUUGCAAAAAAAAAAAAAAAAAAAAAAGGAAUCUUCUUCACUCUAAAUCACUUUCUUUGCUGGACUGGGAUAUUAAAUAUACGACACAUCCAGGAGUUUAUUGGAGCGCAGACUGAUGGCGCAAAGGGACAAGGGGAAUUGCUACUAAAUAAUGUUUCUGUACGAUGAGCUGCCCCACUACGGCGGGAUGGACGGAGUAGGGGUGCCGGCGUCCAUGUACGGGGACCCCCACGCCCCCCGGCCGAUCCCCCCGGUGCACCACCUCAACCAUGGGCCGCCGCUCCACGCCGGACAGCACUACGGCGCCCACGCCCCGCACCCCAAUGUCAUGCCGGCCAGCAUGGGCUCCGCUGUCAACGACGCCCUGAAGCGGGACAAGGAUGCGAUCUACGGGCACCCGUUGUUCCCCCUCUUAGCUCUGGUCUUUGAGAAGUGUGAGCUGGCGACCUGCACGCCCCGGGAGCCCGGCGUGGCCGGCGGGGACGUCUGCUCCUCCGACUCCUUCAACGAGGACAUCGCCGUCUUCGCCAAACAGGUCCGCGCUGAAAAACCACUUUUUUCUUCAAAUCCAGAGUUGGACAAUUUGAUGAUUCAAGCAAUACAAGUACUAAGGUUUCACCUUUUGGAAUUAGAAAAGGUUCAUGAAUUGUGCGAUAACUUCUGCCAUCGGUACAUUAGUUGUUUGAAAGGAAAAAUGCCAAUAGACCUCGUUAUUGAUGAAAGGGAUGGCAGCUCCAAAUCAGACCAUGAAGAACUCUCAGGAUCUUCCACAAAUCUAGCCGAUCAUAAUCCUUCAUCUUGGAGAGACCACGAUGAUGCAACUUCAACGCACUCGGCAGGCACACCGGGGCCCUCCAGUGGGGGCCAUGCUUCCCAGAGCGGAGACAACAGCAGCGAGCAAGGAGAUGGUUUAGACAACAGUGUAGCCUCACCUGGUACAGGGGAUGAUGAUGACCCAGACAAGGACAAAAAGCGUCAGAAGAAAAGAGGCAUUUUUCCCAAAGUAGCAACAAAUAUCAUGAGAGCGUGGCUUUUCCAGCAUCUCACACAUCCAUAUCCUUCAGAGGAGCAGAAGAAACAGUUAGCCCAAGACACAGGACUUACAAUUCUACAAGUAAACAACUGGUUUAUUAAUGCCAGAAGAAGAAUAGUACAGCCUAUGAUUGACCAGUCAAAUCGAGCAGGUUUUCUUCUUGAUCCUUCAGUGAGCCAAGGAGCAGCAUAUAGUCCAGAGGGUCAGCCGAUGGGAAGCUUUGUAUUGGAUGGUCAGCAGCACAUGGGAAUCCGGCCUGCAGGUUUGCAAGGCAUGCCAGGGGACUACGUAUCUCAGGGUGGUCCUAUGGGUAUGAGUAUGGCACAGCCAAGUUACACUCCUCCCCAGAUGACCCCACACCCUACUCAGUUAAGACAUGGACCCCCAAUCCAUUCAUAUUUGCCAAGUCACCCCCAUCACCCAGCCAUGAUGAUGCACGGAGGACCCCCUACCCACCCUGGAAUGACCAUGUCAGCACAGAGCCCCACAAUGUUAAAUUCUGUAGACCCCAGUGUUGGUGGACAGGUUAUGGACAUUCAUGCCCAAUAGUAUAAGGGAACUCAAGGGAAAAACAAAAACAACAACAACAACAAAAAACAAAACAAAAACAAAAACUAUUUUAAGACUUUUGAACUUUGACCAGAUGUUGACACUUAAUACGAAAUUCCAGACAGCUGUGAUUAUUUUUUACUUUUUGUCAUUUUUCAUCAACAACAGAGGACCAACGAAACAAGAACACAAAUGUGAAAUCAUGGGCUCACUGAAAUGAAUAUGUCCAUGUACAGAUCCUCUGGAAAAAAAAAAGACUCCAAGAGUUAUAACUACUGUAGUAUAAACAUAGGAACUAAGUUAACUUGUACAUUUCUGUUGAUCACUCCGUUACGUUGCCUCAAAUAGUUUUAGAAGAAAAAAAAUCCUUGUUUUCCACACUAUGUGUGUUGUUCCCAAAAGAAUGACUGUUUUGGUUCAGCAGUGAAGUCACUAUCCAUGAAAGACCUGUUUUGGCCAGUGAGAAAAGAACUACCCUGGAGAUGAAGAUGAAAAGUCUUGCUGGGUCUCUCAUCACUCAGAAGACUGUUCCAAGAAGGCCUUGCCAUUCCCUUGUUUUGUUCCUUCAUAAAAUGUGUCCUUUAGUUUCAAACAGAUCUUUAUAGUUUGUGCUUCAUUAAGUCUCUCCCCAUUCCUCCCCAAUCUAUUUUUUUUUUUUGGACUCUUCUUCAAAGAGCUUGCAGGUGAAGAUUUAACAGACAGAACAGACAGAGCAGGAGCUUCUUCCAGUAGUUCUGAGCCUUGGCUUUGGACAAAACAAAACUAAAAGUUGGGCAGCUUUCCUCAAUGAAAGAAGUUACUAACGGUCUUUGCACCAAACCUAGGACUUAUCAUGAACUCAAAGCUUGGGAAAAAAAAAGCAAGAGAAUACUGUAACAAACUUCGUACAGAGUUCGGUCUAUUAAUUGUUUCAUGUUAGAUAUUCUAUGUGUUUACCUCAAUUGAAAAAAAAAGAAUGUUUUUGCUAGUAUCAGAUCUGCUGUGGAAUUGGUAUUGUAUGUCCAUGAAUUCUUCCUUUCUCAGCACGUGUUCCUCACUAGAAGAAAAUGCUGUUACCUUUAAGCUUUGUCAAAAUUUACAUUAAAAUACUUGUAUGAGGACUGUGACGUUAUGUUUUAAAAAGAAAAAAAAGGUGUUAAGUCACAAAAUGCGGUAAUAAAUAUUUCAUUUUUGA